AGUAUAAGACAUUUGUGCAACAAAAGUACAACAAUAACUGUAAACUGUAAAAUCUGUUAAAUGUAACACAGAUUUAGGGUGGACCUGCAAAAACACUUCUCCGUGUAUUUAAAUAACAUUAUCACAAAUGAUAAGCGUGUUAUUUUUUGUAAGAUUCCUUGAAACAUGUAUUAGUUUCUUUCUUCUGCAGAGCACAAAGAUAUUUUAAAGAAUGUUGACAACAAAACAACACUGAACCUCAUUGACUUCCACUGUAUGAACACAAAACCACUGAGGCAUUUCUCAAAAUAUCUUCCUUUUGCAUUUCACUAAAGACAGAGUCACAUACAGAUUUACAAAUACAUGAUAUCUAUUAUGAGAUGAGUAUUUGCUGGCGCUAUGUCUUCAAAUGAAUGAUCUUCUGCGGAUGGACGAUGUCAGACGGUGAUGUAAGUGAACUCUGGGUUGUUCAAACAGUGGGAAAGUGUCAAUCAUUAAUCUGACGAAUGAGCGAGCGCCAUCUCUCUUACAUGUAUAAGUAGCGGGGUGGAUGAACAUCAUCUUCACAUUGCCUUUAGUUUCUCACAGCUGUCUGAAGCUUUAGCCGAGAGGUUUGAUCACAGCAGACAUGGCCUUCAGCGGAACAUGGCAGGUGUACGCUCAGGAGAAUUAUGAAGAGUUCCUCAGAGCCAUCUCACUGCCAGAAGACGUCAUUAAACUGGCCAAAGAUGUCAAACCGGUGACAGAAAUCCAACAAAAUGGCAACGACUUUACAAUCACAUCCAAGACACCUGGAAAAUCCGUCACUAACUCCUUCACCGUCGGCAAAGAAGCUGAAAUCAACACCAUGGACGGCAAGAAGCUGAAGUGCAUUGUCAAAUUGGAUGGUGGAAAGCUGGUGUGUGACACAGAUCGAUUCUCUCACAUCCAGGAGAUCAAGGGAGGAGAGAUGAUUGAGACGCUGACAGUAAGUGGAACCACCAUGAUCAGAAAGAGUAAAAAGAUUUAA